AUGGGCCUGGAUCCGUGUUCCCGUACGGAAUUGUUUGAAGAAGUGGAUACUGCUACCUGGUUCGAGUCUGGAUCCGUGACUGGUAUGGAAUGUGUUGAGGAAGUAGACAAUGCUACCUGGUUAGCAUGUGCCACGGAAUUGAGCCAAUUGAGUCGGCUGAAAACCGAAUCGGCUAUAUAUAUAACGUUGUGUUCCACAGAUGCAGCUUCGAUGUUGGAUCCGUGUACGGGUAUGGAAUUUGUUGAGGAAAUGGACACUGCUACCUGGAUGUGUUCCACAGAUGCAGCGUCGAGGCUGGAUCCCUGUAUUGGUAUGGAAGUGGUUGAGGAAGUGGUCACUGCUACCUGGUUAGCAGGUGCCGUGGAGUUGAGCAAAUUGAAUCGGAUGAAAUCGGAAUCGGAUAUAUCUAAAGCGGGGCGAGAUGUGUCACAAUACUUAUAA